AUGUCGGUCUUGAAGGAGAUUGCGGAGGCGGGUGGCGAUCAGUUAGCGGAUUUGAAGUUGGUCAAGUAUGGCAUUGUCGUGGCCGCUACAUGGACGUGGGCAGAGAUAUGCGCGAAUAUGGAGGAAGAGAUCACCUACAUUUGGCCUUCCCGCAUAAGUUUCAUGAAGGUCCUUUACUUUCAUAACCGUUACUCACCUGUAGUGGACACGGCAUUCGCGCUCGCGAGUUCUCUGAGCAACGUUGGCAAUCACAAGCUGUGCACAGCCGAGUUUCAAGUCAUGGCAUUCUCUUACACCAGCGGGACGUUUGCCUCGGAGUUCAUCCUGAUAGCACGGACUCUCGCUCUCUACAACUUCCAUCCCUUCAUGAUUGCUCUCGCAUGCGCUCUUGUUCUCAUCACGGUCGUCCCAACUGCUGCAACAUCCAUUCGAAUACUCUUCCCUCUCGCAUAUCCUGGUGACGACGUCAUCAAAAUUACCGGAUGCGUACCGAGCGUGGACAAUAUCAGCUCGGCCUGGGUGUUCUUCAUCUGCCUCUUGGUCUCCGAAACUAUCAUCGUCUCGUUGACGUUCUUUCGGCAGUGGGAGACCGCCGAGGAGAGAGAGGGUCUGCUCCAACGGCUAUUCCGCUGGGGAAAACGGGGCAUGCAAACGGGCCCUACCCUGUCUAUGCCGCGGUCACACCGGUCUCCGCUCGUCAAGACCAUGUAUCGGAACAGCUCUAUAUACUACGUCAUCAUGCUCAUCCUCUCCACCAUUAAUUUGGCGAUGACGGCCACGAAUAACCCCGCCCUCCGCCCCGUCCUGCAGAUGCCGCUCCGCACGGUGCACGCCUCGCUGUGCACGCGCGUUCUCCUCAACCUUCGCCGGGUCGCCGCCCAAGCCGCCUCGCCCACGAUGCCAGACUUUACAAUCGCGACCCUCAGCGGCAUCGCGUUCCGCGAUCCAAACGCUGAGGGGCGCACACGUCUUGAGGGACUCGAGGAGCAUCCGUACGGCAGGGAGCGGGGUGGGGGCGAGAACACCGUCUACAUCGAGCUCGAGCUCGAGGCUCUCUCGAGCCGUGGACGCUCGAGUCUGUCGCAGGAGAUCCUGCUCCAACCGAGUGCCCUGAGGACCAAGAGUGCGCCUGCGCGCUGCACGGGGACCACCUCGCACCAGCUCGAUGCCGGUCUGUACCUCGUCUCGUCUUACAUCUUCGCCCCCGGCUCGACGGACCUCAAGCUCGUCGCCACACGCCCGACCAAGGCCAGCGACAAGCUCACGAUUGGGUUGAUGACCUCCAGCGCUCGGUCAAAUCAAGAGUCCGCGGGCGUCGCGCGCUCCACGCCACCUUACGACGUCAUGGACGGCGGGGUAGAUUACACGAAGGGCGCGGAUGACCAGUGUAGCAACAUCUUCGACCCUCAGCUCCUCUCUGACCUCCUCUCCUCCCCCAUCCUCACCCACUUGGGCUGGUCUGUGCACGUCGAGCUCGCCUUCGACGAUAAACGCCCCGUCUUCUCCCCCGCGCCCGCCAACGAGUCCCCGCUUUUAGCGGUCCCGUUCACAGACAACAAGGACCGGUACACGGAGCUCCCUGGACUCCUCGCCCUCCACGUCAACCGGGGCGGCUACGAGGGCCAUUGCGCGCACCUCGCCCGUUGGGGCGCCCACCUUCCUCGCCUUCAACAGUCUCCCCGCCUCGCCGAGUUCAUCGCGCCCUCCAGCGAGCCCUAG